AGAGUCGGGCGCGAAGGGGCCUCCGGGCUAGAGUGGUGGGAGGCGUGCUGUCGAGGAAGCUGUUGGCAGGGAAGCCAGUGCGAUAUUAAGUCCACUGGAUCUUGGGGGACACACAUUCAGGAUGCUGGUUCCCGCCCUCCUCGUCCUCUUCUUCUGCCUCAGAGGGCGUGCAGGCCUGUCGCCCCACUUCUUGCAACAGCCGGCAGACCUGGUGGUACUGCUAGGGGACGAGGCCCGGCUGCCCUGUGCCCUCGACGCAUACUCAGGGGUGGUUCAGUGGACUAAGGAUGGGCUGGCUCUAGGGGGUGAAAGGGACCUGCCAGGGUGGUCCAGGUACUGGAUAUCAGGGGAUUCAGGGAGUGGCCAGCACAACCUCCACAUUAGGCCCGUGGAGCUACAGGACCAAGCAUCAUAUGAAUGCCAAGCUACACAAGCAGGCCUCCGCUCUCGACCAGCCCGAUUGCACGUGCUAGUGCCCCCAGAAGCUCCCCAGGUGCUGGGUGGCCCCUCUGUGUCUCUAGUUGCUGGGGUUCCUGCAAAUCUGACCUGUCGGAGCCAUGGGAAUGCACACCCCACCCCUGAGCUGCUGUGGUUCCGAAAUGGGGUCCGACUGGAUGGAGCCACUUUCCACCAGACCCUGCUGAAGGAUGGGACCACUGGGUCAGUGGAGAGCAUCUUAUCCUUGACCCCUUCCAGACAUGAUGAUGGCGCCACCCUGGUCUGCAGGGCCCGAAGCCAGGCCCUGCCUUCAGGGAAAGACACAACUAUCACAUUGAGCCUGCAGUACCCCCCAGUGGUGACUCUGUCUGCAGAACCACAGACUAUGCAGGAGGGAGAGAAAGUCACUUUCCUAUGCCAGGCCACGGCCCAGCCUCCUGUCACGGGCUACCGGUGGGCAAAAGGAGGCUCCCCGGUACUCGGGGCCCGAGGGCCAAUGUUGGAGGUGGUGGCAGACGCCUCAUUCCUGACUUCACCAGUGUCCUGCGAGGUCAGCAACGCCGUGGGUAGCGCUAACUGCAGCACCGCUCUGGACGUGCAGUUCGGACCCAUUCUGCUGGCAAAACCGGAGCCCUUGUCUGUAGACAUAGGGGAAGACGCCUCCUUCCGCUGUGCCUGGCGCGGGAACCCGCUCCCACGGGUAACCUGGACCCGCCGCGGGAGCGAGCAGGUACUGGGCUCUGGGCCCACGCUGCGUCUUCCGUCGGUGAGGCCCGAGGAUUCAGGCGACUACAUGUGCAGGGCUGAGCCCGGGCUUGCGGGCCUAGGGGGCGGUGCUGCGGAGGCCAGGUUGACUGUGAACGCGCCCCCAUUAGUGACCGCCCUGCACUCAGCGCCCGCCUUCCUGAGGGGCCCCGCCCGCCUCCAGUGUCUAGUCUUUGCCUCCCCCGCCCCAGAAGCCGUGGUUUGGUCUUGGGAUGAGGGCUUCCUGGCAAAGGGGUCGCGGGGUCGGUUCCAGGUGGAGACGUUCCCAGCACCGGAGGGCCACGAGGGACAGGGUCCAGGUCUGAUCUCUGUGCUACACAUUUCGGGAACCCAGGAGUCCGACUUUAGCCAGGGUUUCAACUGCAGUGCCCGGAACCGGUUGGGUGAGGGAGGCACCCAGGUCAGCCUGGGCCGUAGAGACUUGUUGCCCACUGUGAAGAUUGUGGCUGGAGUGGCCUCUGUGGCCAUGACACUCCUUAUGGUCAUAACUGGGGUGACACUUUGCUGCUGGCACCAUGGCAAGGCCUCUUUCUCCAAGCAAAACAACCUGGUGCGAAUCCCAGGCAGCAGUCAUGGCUCCAGUUCUCGGGGCCCUGAGGAAGAGGAGACAGGCAGCAGUGAGGACCAGGGCCCUAUUGUGCACACGGAUCACAGUGACCUGGUUCUGGAUGAAGAGAGGGCUCUGGAGACCAAGGACUCAACCAAUGGUUACUACAAGGUCCGAGGAGUCAGUGUGAGCCUGAGCCUUGGUGAAGCCCCUGGAGGAGGCCUCUUCCUGCCAGCUCCCUCCCCGCUGGGACCUCUGGGCACCCCUCCAUUCUACGACUUCAGCCCACACAUGGGCAUGCCUGCCCCCUGCAGACUGUAUAGAGCCCAGGCAGGUUAUCUCACCACACCCCAUUCUCGAGCUUUUACCAGCUACAUCAAGCCUAUAUCGUUGGGACCUCCAGAUCUGGCCCCCGGGACUCCCCCCUUCCCCUAUGCUGCCUUCCCCACAUCUAGCCACGCGCGUCUCCAGACUCAUGUGUGACAGCUCUCCAACUGAAGAGUGUUGGGAUCUUCAACUUGCCAUAAUGGAUUGUCCUGGUUUCUGAGGAACCAAAACAAGUUGGUGACCUUACUUCUCCAAAACUGAACAUUGAGGAGAGGGAUAGAUCAUUACUAUUGCCUGGGUCAUUACUGUACAGUUUGUUUGGCCAAAGGGAUGCCCCAAAUGGGAGCAAGAUGGCCACUAUGCCCACCUAUUCCCCUGUGUAAGAAAUUCAAGAUGCCAAGUGGGCCUUUUGCAGAGGAAUAGGGACAGGAGGUGAUGAAAGUUAAGCAGGGGUGGACGUUGUUUCUAGACACUGAAAGAACAUAUUUCAAGAUAACCACCUGUAUUGAGAAGAAAGGUAACAUAGGGUAGAUUAAGAUGGAGUCCAGACCAGGCCCUUUCCUGGAUGUCUCUGAGAGGCACUUUGCUUGGCCAAUGGAAGUGCAGCCAAGAUGGCAGUUCACUCUUUAGGAACCCAAGAUGGCCACCAUCUUGAUUCCUUCCACCUUCCUUAAAGGCCCUGGAAGAAUUGGGCCCAAGGAGUGAGGAUAGGGUGAGAUCUGCCACUGGACGGGGUGGGGGUGGAAUCUGGGGAUGAGAAUAUUUAUGUUUAAUAAAAAAAAAAGUCAAAGAAGUGACUGUGUGUUCAGGAUUCUCUUGG